AUGUUUAGAGACACGAGGCCAAUCGCAUUACGUAGACUUAUGCCUUUUACUAAACGAUCAGAAGCUAGAAAACAUCGGACGUCCGACUCCAUACACAGCACGGACGAAGACCCCUUAUUAUUAGACGAAGAAGCUGGGCUUAGUAUUAUUUCCUCAUCCUAUUCAAGAAAAUCUAAAAACCAAAACAAGGCUAGUAUUUGGUCUCGGUUAAAGCCUACAAAAGCAUAUACGCCAAGAACAAUUUCAUUACAAGCAGAUGAUAAAGAGAAAAAGAAAUACACAGCCAACGUGAUUGUCAACCAAAAAUACAACAUCUUUACAUUUAUUCCACUUGUACUUUACGAACAGUUUGUUAUAUUCUUCAACUUGUACUUUCUUCUUGUCGCAUUAUCUCAGUUUAUACCUGCUUUAAAGAUCGGCUAUAUUCUUACAUACUUUGGGCCAUUGUGCUUUGUUUUAACAAUCACUAUUAGUAAGGAAGCACUAGACGAUUAUCAACGAUACAAACGUGAUAAAGAAGCAAACUCCCAACUCUAUCGUCGACUUACACCUACUGGAAACCAAAAUAUACCAAGCUCAAAGAUUAGAGUGGGUGAUUUACUAUAUAUUAUGAAGGAUCAAAGAAUACCUGCGGAUAUGAUCUUGUUACGAACAACAGAAGAGAGUGGAGCUAGUUUCAUUAGAACUGAUCAAUUGGAUGGUGAGACUGAUUGGAAGUUACGUCUAGCCAUACCUUCUUUACAAAGACUUGGUUCAGAUCAAGAUCUGCUCAAUAUUCGAGGACAUAUUUAUGCUGAUGCGCCACAUAAAGAUAUUCAUAGCUUUGUUGGAACAAUUAAUAUCAUUGAUGAAGCAACAGGAUUGGAGCGAAUCGAGCCAUUGGGGGUUGAAAACACAAUGUGGACGAACACUGUAUUGGCUUCUGGAUCUGCAAUCGGCUUUGUUAUUUAUACCGGCAAAGAUACUCGAGCAGUAAUGAACACGAAUCAUCCAAAGACAAAGGUUGGCUUACUUGAUCGUGAGAUCAAUCAACUGGCAAAGAUUUUGUUCUUUGUUACAUUAGCACUUUCCGUCAUCAUGGUAGGGUUGAAUGGAUUCCGUGGUAUUUGGUAUAUCUAUGUCUUUAGAUUCUUGAUUUUGUUUUCUUCUAUUAUUCCAAUCAGUUUGCGUGUAAACUUGGACAUGGGAAAGAGUGUAUAUGCUCGACAAAUAGAACACGAUGAUGAGAUCAAGGGUACUAUUGUUCGUACCAGCACCUUACCAGAAGAACUGGGUCGUGUUGAAUAUCUUUUAACAGACAAAACCGGUACUUUGACUCAAAAUGAUAUGGAGCUUAAAAAGUUACAUAUGGGAACCAUGUCCUAUAGUACAGAUACGAUGGAUGAAAUACAAAGUCAUCUUGCAACUUCAUUUGGUCAUCAACAAGAUACAAUCAUGGCAAAAGGACGUCGAAACAUUUCUGUUCGUAUAAAGGAUAUCGUUCAAGCACUAGCUCUUUGUCAUAAUGUGACUCCGGUUAUCAGCAUCGACGGCAAUAUUGGAUAUCAAGCGUCAAGUCCUGAUGAAGUAGCCAUUGUUAAAUGGACUGAGCAUAUGGGCUUAACCUUGAUCAACAGAGAUGUCAAUUCGAUUCAGCUACGAGUGAAUGCAACAGAAGAAACACUCUAUUUUGACGUACUUCAUAUCUUUCCAUUCACUAGUGAAACAAAGCGCAUGGGUAUCAUUGUCAAAAACAGACAGACUGGUGAAAUUACGUUUUAUGAAAAGGGGGCUGAUACUGUCAUGGCUAAAAUUGUUCAAUAUAAUGAUUGGCUUAACGAAGAAUGCGAUAACAUGGCAAGAGAAGGCUUACGUACAUUGGUCGUUGCAAAGAAGAAUUUAUCUCAAGAGGCAUAUGAAGAAUUUAGCGCUAAAUAUCAUGAAGCCGAAGUGUCUCUCCAUGACCGUAAUGUGUUGAAGCAGUCUGUUGUAGAAACAAUAUUAGAGUCAAAUUUGGAAUUAUUGGGAUUAACUGGCGUAGAAGACAAAUUACAAGACGGUGUAAAGAAUACAUUAGAGCAAAUGAGAAAUGCAGGUCUAAGAGUAUGGAUGUUGACGGGUGAUAAGAUUGAAACUGCUACCUGUAUUGCCAUUUCUUCAAAGCUAGUGUCACGUAAUCAAGGAAUUCAUCAAGUAGCAAAAUUAAAAUCUGCUGCCGAAGCAAUAGAGGAGAUUGACAAUUUAAGAACCAAAACCGAUCAUUGCUUAGUUAUUGAUGGUGAAUCGCUUCAACUUUGCUUAGAGCAUUAUAAGGAAGAAUUUAUUGAAAUGGCAUCAUUACUGCCUGUGGUUGUCUGUUGUCGUUGUUCGCCAACACAAAAGGCGGACAUUACUCGAUUAAUCAAGGAAUAUACAAAGAAAAGGGUGCUAUGUAUUGGUGAUGGUGGCAACGAUGUUAGCAUGAUUCAAGCUGCUGAUGUUGGCGUAGGCAUUGUCGGAAAAGAAGGCAAACAAGCGUCCCUUGCUGCUGAUUUCUCGAUUACUCAAUUCAGUCACUUGACUAAACUACUCUUAUGGCAUGGUAGAAAUAGCUAUAAAAGAUCUGCCAAACUAUCACAAUUUGUUAUACAUCGUGGUUUAAUCAUUUCUGUUAUGCAAGCGGUAUUCUCUGCCAUGUUCUACUUUGCUCCUAUUGCCCUGUACCAGGGUAUGCUUAUUGUUGGUUAUGCUACUAUUUAUACCAAUGCUCCAGUCUUCUCACUUGUUCUUGAUCAAGAUGUAAAUGAAGAAAUUGCCAUGAUUUAUCCAGAACUGUACAAGGACUUGACAAAGGGUCGAUCACUGUCUUACAGAACAUUCUUUACAUGGUUACUUAUUAGUGUGUACCAAGGAGGCGCAAUCAUGGUGUUGUCUAUUCUUCUCUUUGAGGAUGAAUUUAUACACAUCGUUGCUAUUUCAUUCACAGCCUUGAUUUGUAAUGAAUUGCUUAUGGUAGCUUUGGAAAUUAAUACAUGGCAUAAGCUUAUGAUCCUGGCUGAAAUUAUCACAAUACUCAUUUAUUUUGGAUCCAUGUGGCUACUCCCAACUUAUUUUGACAUGACAUUCAUAUUAACCGAGCGUUUCGUUUGGAAGGUAGCAGUAAUAACUGCAGUAAGCAGUUGUCCGUUAUACAUUGUAAAAAUAAUUAAGCGCAAGAUUGCGCCUCCAAGUUAUACAAAGUUAACCUAG